AUGAAAGUUAUGACGGAACUAGAUGAGUUUGACGUUGACGCUCUAGAUGCUGAAAUUCAAAAUAUCAGUAACCAACUGAAAGAUAACGUGAACAAAUUACGACACAAUCCGAAGAAUGAUGAGUUGCAACAAUCAAUUCGUGAUGCUAAAGAACGCCUUGCACAACUUAAUAUAUGGACAUCAAAAUUAAACACUGAAGAAGCCCGACGGCUUUUGCUGCAGCAGAAAAUAAAAGAGGAACAAGAGAAGAUUGAACAGAGAAAAUAUGAAAUCGAUCAGGUAUUUAAAACGGUUAAAGUUCGAUCUGAAGUCGAUAUUUGUUUUUUAAUGGAUUGCACAAGAAGCAUGAAAUCUCAUAUAGAUAAAGCAAAAGAAGAUAUCCAUCUUUUAACCAAAAUGAUACCAAAUUUAUUUAAAGUUCAGCCAUGCUUAGCAUUUGUUGGAUAUCGAGAUGUAAACAGUUCUAGUCCGCAAUGUCUCAAAAUGGACUUUACGAAAAACGUUGAUGUAUUCGAACAGUUUCUUGGCAACGUCCAAGCUGUAGGUGGUUCUGAUAAUGACUUUUGCGAAGACGUUUUUGGUGGUUUGGAAGUCAUUCCAACUCUUCUUUGGACGAGUGCGAAUCGUAUUUUAAUUCACAUUUGUGACGCUCCUUGUCAUGGUAGACAAUAUUAUGAUGCAAAGUUUCAACAGCGUCAGGGCACUAAAUGGGAUGCAUUUCCAGACGGAGAUCCAAAAAAUCGUGAUAUAACAAAACUCUUAUUAAAUAUCAAAUCUUUAGAUAUCCAGUACCUUUCCAUUCAAUUAAAUCCAAGAAAAACACGCAAAAUGUUCGACGAAUUUCGGCUCAUUUAUGGCUCGAUAUCUGAAUUAGAUGUAGAGAAUCCCAGUGAGAUGAUGAAUGUUGUAACGAAAAUGGCUAACAGCAUAAUCAUGAGUAGUAUUGAAAAUACGAUGUCAAUAUUUCGUACGACUGACGAAGGGAAANAAAGAUAA